UAUCUGUCAAACAAAUUUGUCAACAAAUAAGUUUAAUGUUUUUACUUUGAUUUGCAUUCUUUGAUGAAAUACCUAAGAUGAACCUUGUGGAAACUGAUGGCAAUCCGCACACGGGAUUUUGUAUUAAAAGUACAAAAAGGAAAGUGCCACAAGUAGACAUUCCUAUCACUACUGAAUUUGAUUUUGGCACAGCCAUCGAAAAUGUUUACCCCUUAUUGGAGAUGGUGUUUGAUUAUCUCGAUUAUAAGGAUUUAAGAAAUGCAUCUCAGGUUAAUAAAACAUGGAAAGACUUUGCUGAUAAGAUCUUGGAAAAACGGGCUGAAGUCAGUUGGUUUUCUUGUUACAAAACUAAACAAUCAAAUGUCCUGCAUCACAGUGAUAACUUAAACAUGAAUAACAUUGGAAUUGGCAUCAUACUAUACAACAGUCGUAAGGUUAAGUUGCAGGAGUACAUUUGUAUUCAUACAGACAAAUUGAUGAAAAAAACAGUUGUGGAGUAUCUUGCCGACGAGUUUGUACCGACGAAUAUUGAUUACUGUCUUAUAUCUUGUCCUAAAGUGAAGUCAUACUUUCCAAAGUGCCCUAAGGUUGACACAAGAUCAUCUUCAACAUUUGAUGGUGUAGUUUUGCCCAAAAUACCAAACAUUAAUACAGCUAUGUUCCACUGUAAUCCAGUAAAAGUAAAGGAGCUGCAUAAAUCUAUAAGUAACUUUAUAAAGGAAACUGAAGAAGUUAAAUGUCUCCUAAUGUUUUGUAAGACUGACUUAAGUAAAUCCAUUUACAGUUUACUUAAAAUGCUCUUACCAGGAGAACAUCCUCAGGAAGUAGCUGUUGGAGGUGGUAUAAUACGGGGGACUAAGACAUUUCAAAAAAUUAACACACAAAAGAAAGUUUUUUCUAGUAAUGAUGUUUUUUGUAUAACAUUCAGCCAAGAGAAAGGCAUCAAAAGUGAAUUUAAUGCUUAUUCUACUGUUAUUACCGGUGAUGAUUUAUCUAAUAGUGAAUUUGAAGAGGAAUUAGUCAAGUUCAAAACUGCCAUAGCUUUAAGAACAAAUAGUGUAGCAAUAAGAGUUUGCUGCUCAGCAAAAGUACAAACUGAAGAUGAACUUAUUUUAUUUGGUAAAGUUUUUCCUAACAUUCCAUUACUAGGAAUGGAUGCAGAUGGGGAAAUUGGUUGGAGUAAUCAUAAUUCUUUAGAUACAGAAGAUUUCCAACCAAAACGAAUGAAAAAUUCUUAUCCCAUUGUACAACACCAAUGGUCAACUGUUUUAGUUCUAAUAACUUGGGGCAAGUUUCUCAAUGAGUGAUUUUAUGUAUUUUAUAUGUUAAUAUAAGAAUAUUAAGUAUUUUUUUCUAGACGUCCAAAGAUAUUUCUUAUAAUUUGUCGUGGCUAUUCUUUAAUUAAUAUUCAUUUCGUUUUAGCUUCAGUGUGAUGCAGGAUUUUUUAUUAAUUAAAUAAAGUGAUAUUUUACAA